AUGGCCGGGAACUUUUGGAAGAGCUCCCACAGGUGAGUAAUUUACAUAAUUGUUGGUUGGAAUUUAGGCAAUGCACGUGAAAGAGGCCUGAGGGCGAGAAUGACCAAUGGUUGAUGGUUUCUGGUCAUUGCGGGGGUGAUAAUGAAGUCUAGAGUUCGGAAUUUGGGAAGCGUUAUGUCUAGUGUAAUAUCGUCGAAAUAAAAUUAAAUUUGGUGGCAAUUUUGCUAAAUUCUUAUUAAUUAUUUAAUGAAAUAGAAUAUGACAGCUAAAUCAUGGGGUUUUUCGAAGAGUCAAGUUGCAUUUUGCGGAAUAUUUUGAUUUUUUUAUGUUUACAUACCUAAAAUAAAAUCUAUUUUGCAGUCAACAAUGGGUACUUGAGAAGAGUGACUUGCUCCGUGAUCGGGCCGAUGAUUUGAAAGCUUUCAACUCCGAAGAUGACUAUCAAAAAGUCAUGAUGUAUUUUAUAAAUCGUGAGUCCUUCAGUAUGUAUGUUAUUUAUGACAAAAAUUUUCAGUUAUUCAUCAAGUGGGGCGAAAUAUUGAUGGUCGAAUACGCCAACAUGCCAUUGCAACGGCCUGCACGUAUUUUAGAAGGUUUUAUGCGAGGUACGUAGUGAAUUUUACAUUAUUUUACUUUGAUGUUUAGGCGGUCAUUCAAAGAUAUGGAUCCGUUUUGUCUGGCGGUAACAUGCCUGGUGUUUGCUACAAAAGUUGAUGAAUUUGGUAUGAUUGGUGUCACGAAGACGAUUGGAACUCUUCAGAGUUUGCGUAAGCCAAAAUUCAUUUCGACUUUUUCAAUUUGAUACCUAAAAUUAUAUAAUUUUUGUAAAUUGAUGUUUAUUUUCUACGAUUUCAGUCCAGAAAUACCCUCAACUUGAGAAGUAUGCCAUUCAGAAGCAUCACGUCGAAGAAGCGGAGUUUAUUUUGUCGGAAAUUAUGGAUUGCUGCCUCAUCAUCUACCAUCCAUACCGGCCCCUAAACGUCUUCGUGCAGGACAUGAAGGCCUUCGGAAUUGCGGAAAAGUUUGUCGACACAAUGUAUCAAGAUGCCUGGCGCAUCAUAAACGAUUCGCUGCGGACGGAUGCGGGCUUAUUAUUUCCUCCGCACACAAUUGCUCUGGGUAGGUCAAGUUCAAUAUUUUUUUUCGGUUUUUAGAUGCGAAGUGAUGGAAGAGGCGCUCAAAAAGUCCGAAAUGACUUAUUAUUUCAUAUUUCAGCUGCGAUCAUGACCGCCGCUCUCUUUUCCCGCCGUGACAACGAGCUGGUCGACUGGCUGGCCUACCUCAACAUUGAUUAUGAGAAAGUUUUCGAAUGCCAGCAGACAUUACUCGCCUAUUACCGACUGGAAAAGACCUACAAAGAAAAAGACGUCGUGGAAGAGUUGGUGUUGAAGAAAAUGCCCAAGCCGAGUGCCGUAAAACCGAAGGAGAAGAUGGAAAUUGGAGAUAUUUGA